GAUUUACUUGAGAAAAAACUACACGCCCGGCAACCUGUCCCUCAUCCGUCAAAACGUGGUAACAACAAAAUCGUGCUACGUUUGGGAGAGGUGUUGAUAUGUGCCCAGCGUGUGUGGGAGCCAGCUACGGUUGUGUGGACUCUUUUCCCAUUGUACCCUGAUUUCCGUGAAUACUUUCUCCACCUCGUAAGAAAAGUAGUCCAUACAGUUCCGUGGACAGAGGACGUUACUCUUCACUUGUCAAGUCAGUCGUGUCCCACUGAGUCAGUGCUCAAACUCCCAAUAUCGUAGAGGAGCCAGAUCUACAUUAAAUCCCAAACACCCAACUGCAACCCAAAGUGCCUAAAAUCCUCCACACGUUGCUUAACCGCGACAGAACAUUUGAAACUGAGCUUGGACGUGCUCCAGCCAGAAUUAUUCUACCGAGUGGUCAGGACAGGGGCUCUGUGCCCAUUGUGACCCCUAUCCUUCAGCAGACACUGUCCCCGGAACAACCGUUUUACCUGGAGAGGUGUAGGAGGAAGAUGAUCACACAACUGGGAGAGGAUGGCUUCAAGGAAUACAGCCAGAGUAAGUAGGCGUAAGCAGAACCCUCUGAUUGUAAAAGUUUAUUUAAUUAUCUAAAAUAUGAAUUUGCCACACAUGAGGACAUGAUACAUAUGAACAAACACUCUCACUCUCCUUCAAAUGACCCAAAUGUUUCUAUGUCAGAUCUAUUCAGGCAAGGGACGCUUUUCCACGUGGCCGUGAAGAGUGUUCGCCCAUUGACAACAGAGGAGGCACCAGGGGAAGACACAGCAGAUCCUGAGAAGGCACCAGAGGUUCCAGCAGAGGUAGAGGGAUACAUGGAGAGUAUCAAAUCAAAUCACAUUUUAUUGGUCACAUACACAUUUAGCAGAUGUUAUUGCGGGUGUAGCGAAAUGCUUGUGUUCCUAGCUCGAACAGUUCAGUAGUAUCUAACAAUACACACAAAUCUAAAAGUAAAAUCAUGGAAUUAAGAAAUAUAUACAUAUUAGGAUGCGCAAGCUCGGCGUGGCAUUGACUAAAAUACAGUAGAAUAGAAUACAGUAUAUACAUAUAAGAUGAGUAAAGCAGUAUGUAAACAUUAUUAAAGUGGCCAGUGAUUCCAUGUCUAUGUAUUUAGGGCAGCAGCCUCUAAGGUGCAGGGUUGAGUAACCUGGUGGUAGCCGGCUAGUGAUGGCCAUGUGCUGGGUGGUGGGUGGUAGCCGGCUAGUGAUGGCCAUGUGCUGGGUGGUGGGUGGUAGCCGGCUAGUGAUGGCCAUGUGCUGGAGGACGUUAGGGGAGUGAAAGCCAUCGAGAGCCGUGUGCAGCAUGACAAACUAGGCUAUCUGGGGAUUGUGGACUGCGUUGCUUUCUACAGGUGAGGAUGGCCAAGUUCCAGGCUAACUACAUUGCAGACGACUACUGUAGAGGGUUCUUUGCACAGUGCUGAUAUUCUCUUAUUCGUAAACAAACUUUAAACUUUAGAAAAUGACACAGACAACGGCUUCUGAGUAUAUGUAAAAUAUCUUUAGUUAUGCAAUUGCAGGCAGAAGUUAAUACAGAGUCAACAGGAUUUGUAUAGCUCUUCAUAAGUUCUGCAAAGUGUCUAAAACAAUCUCUGCUUUUUAUACUAACACUCACUCCCUUCCCAUAGCCUGACCCUGAACUUGCCCUAGUAACAACAAAGUAUUCUCCUAAUCCUGUCUUCCCACGAACUCAGUAUCAGGGGGUGAGGUGUCAGACAAUGUGGCAAUUGUGGUUGCAGGUUUCUGAGAACUUUCUGCUGUCAAGGCCUCAAUAGUUUUUAAUAAUGUAAGCAAAUGCGCAUAAUAGAUAAUAUAUUACCCAUCACUACCAGAUCUCUCAACGACUGGAUAGAUGUUCAACAUAUCAGCUAACCACAUCAUUUGAUGUAAUGCAACAACGUCUGCAAUGUUGUCAGCCUGGAAUGCGACCGACAUCUUCUCAAAGAAAGGACUAGAGGCUCUACCUGACCUGUCAAUUUAUUUGGCCAAUUCACACUUUUAUUCAUUCUCUCCACUUGUGAUUCCUAGGGUCAGUUUCCCAGACACAGACAAAGCCUAGUCCUGGACUAAAAAAAAUCUCAAUUGAAAGUGCUUUUAAUGUUUGGCCCCUGGACUAGUUUUAAUCUGUGUCCAAGAAACUGGCCCCUAAAGCUCAGCCUUCGUUCCUCAGGGGUGUGCUGUGUGUGAUCGACUAGAAAACAGAGGUGGAAACCUUUCCUCAGCAACACGUACGACAACCCUCUACAGGUGGCAGCCUACGUUGCGGCCUUAAACAACGAUGUGAACUACAAGUACCAGGUAGGUGUGAUUGAGUGAGACCACCACACUCUCUCAGCCUGUCCUAAUUCACUUCCUACCACUCCUCCUUGGCCCUAACCCUUCAAUGUUUGCAUGUAUAAGCAGUGUAGUGAUGGAGCUUCCAGUAUUGCUGCCACCUUACAGAUCUGCAAACAUCGAAUAGUUAGGGCCAAGGGGGAAGGACAGAGAGCGAAAUGAGUCUCUCUCAAAUGUCUUUCUCACAUAAUACACAGUGUGCUUAAUUUCCUCCAUGGGUUCUCGCUCUCCCUGCAGGUUGAGAAUGGACUGAUAGUGGGGGCAUAUAAAGAUAAUUCUACUGAGCUCAGAUCAGGUGCUACAGUACUGGGAGAGAUGGCUGGUAAGACUGGAGGAGUGCACAGAGAGGAGGUGGAUGAA